UGAAAAGUUCAAAAGACUAUGCGGCUGUUUAGCUGUGCCUGUCCGUCUGCCAUCAGCUGAGAGAGAUGCCGGUCAACUCUCUGGAGAAGCCGUGGACGGUAGACCCCUCUGAGGUGGCAGAGCGGCGGGAUCUUAGGGACAGUCGCCUGGUGUUCAGCAUCGAUCCACGCGGCUGUGAAGAUGUAGACGACACGCUGUCUGUACACAAGCUCCCCAACAGAAGGCUGGAGCUGGGAGUUCACAUUGCUGAUGUCACUCACUUUGUCAAAGAGGGUUCGCUCACAGACUUGGAGGCACGUUCAAGGGCUACAACCUACUACCUGGCAGACCGCAGGUACGACAUGCUGCCUGCUAUUCUCAGCGCAGACCUUUGCUCACUGCUGGGAGGUGCUGACAGGUAUGCAAUGAGCGUGCUUUGGGAGCUUGACGCAGAAUCCCUUGAAGUCCAAGAGGUCUGGUAUGGUCGUACACUCAUCCGCUCCUCCUAUCAGCUCCACUACGAGCUGGCUCAGGCGCUCCUCAACGGAGAACAGGUUGAGGUAGCGGAACUGGCCAACCUGGGUCCUCAGGAAAAGGGUUCUAAGCUAGCUCAACUCACUGAGGCACUUGAGAUGCUCACACAUGUAGCCAGACAUCUUCGGGCAAAGAGGGACAGAGGAGGAGCGCUGGAGCUGGAAGGAGUGGAGGUGGGUGCCCAGCUGGAUGAGGAGAGGAACAUUACGGCCCUGGUCCCUCGUCAGCCCCUGGAGGUCCAUGAGACCGUGGCAGAGUGCAUGAUUUACGCCAACCACUGGGUGGCCCGCAAGAUCCAGGAAGCUUUCCCCAACCAGGCCCUUCUAAGGUGUCACCCACCACCACAACAGGAGCUAUUCAACCAGCUGGUGGACACUGCAAAGGCCAAAGGUUUCACCAUUGACACCAGGUCCAACAAGGCUUUAGCUGCCUCACUGGACCGAGCUGUGGACCCACAGGACCCCUUGGUGAACAGGUUGUUCAGAAUGAUGGCCACCACUGCUAUGUCACAGGCUCUGUACUUCUCCACUGGUGCUCAUCCUCAAGACCAAUACUACCAUUAUGGUCUGGCUCUGGAUCGCUACACACACUUUACCUCACCCAUCCGUCGGUACGCAGACAUUGUCGUGCACCGCCUUCUUACCGCAGCCCUGCACAUGCAGAGGGGCGUUGUAUCUGGUAAAGCACCAGCCAGUAACAAAGAAGUGGAGGAAAUGGCUCACCAUGUCAACAGCAAGAACAGGGCAGCACAGGCAGCCCAAAUGCGAUCCACAGCACUGUUUCAGUGUCUGUUUUUCAGAGAACGAGACCCUCAGACAGACCCGUGCUGUGUGGCUGAUGCUGUUGUCUACUCCAUUCGAGACAACGGUGUCUUGGUGUUUAUCCCAGAGUAUGGUGUGAGGGGGCCUGUGUAUCUGAAGAACAAAGAGGGCCUGGUGGUGGUAGCGGGACAGGACGGCAGCUGUGAUUGGCAGGGUGGCACUGUGCGAAAAUACCCGGACCGCAUUACCACCACCUCCAGCUGUGGCACCUCCACCUUCAAACUGUUUGACCACAUCACCGUUCGUAUUUCUGUCCACUCUUCAACUUGCCACGCUGACCGUCUAAACCUCGAGGUCAUCAGCAACAAGCCUCACCACAGUGCCAAGUCCCAGCAGCCCAGCCCUCAGGGCCGCAGUCAGCUGGUCAAAGAGGUGGUGCGUCAGAAUGAAGAGGCGCUGGCUCAGGAGAAGACAGCCCGGCGCCCCAAACUCUCCAAAGAGGAAAGAGAGUUUCGUCAGAGCAAAACUCCCAGUCUGUACUCUAUUCUGGAAGAAAUCAGAGAGUUGGCUCUGAUGGAUCUGGAAAGGGCUUCACGCCUCCCGGCAACAACAGCAUAGAAACGCUGUAGCCCAGCUUUACCUCCAAGCAGACACUUGUGAGAACUGCACGCUGUGCGCUAACAGAACGGUGAUCAUUGAAGAUCACUCGUGCUGAGUCAUCCAGGUCAUUCUUGUAGCUCCAGAUUGUGUGUGGACAAACCACACGAGUGUGUGAAGUCACAGGAAAGCAAACACAAUAUUAAGUAAAAACAUGUCCCGCCAUCUUUUUAGAAACCAGAGUCAAACCGAAUCAGUGGAUACGUUUUGU